AUUUAUCUUAUUUAUUAACUGGCUUUAUAACCAGUGACACAUGACUUAUCAGAUUAUAUUAGUGAUUUAAAGUCAAUAUCAUUGAUAUAAGUAUCAAUGAUGUGAAGGAAAAUAGCUAUAAAAUUACCUUUUUCAACGUCUACCUUACAGUCAUAUCUGUGACACAAGUGGAGAAAGACAUUUUCAGUACAACAAAGAAGUCCAUCAUGCCUGGCACACGAGAUGUCGUCAACGAACUCAUUGGAAAGGAUUCAGUUGUGAUAUUCUCAAAGACUCACUGCCCAUAUUGCAAAAUGGCCAAAAAGGUGUUUGAAUCAUUAAACAAACCAUAUACAGCGAUAGAAUUGGAUAACAGAGAAGAUGGACAAGACAUACAAGAUGCGUUAAACGAAAUAACAGGUGCUAGAACAGUACCCAGAGUAUUCCUCAAUAGAAAGUGUUUAGGAGGUGGCACUGAUGUGAAGAAAUUGUACGACAGCGGGAAACUUGCAAAUCUAUUUUAACUCGAUUUACAAAGUGUCUUAUAAGAAAUGAUAAGUAAUUUUUUUCUAUAAAUAAUUUUUCUUAUAUAAAAUAAAAUAUAAUAUAUCUGUAUAAUCUUCUUUAUAUAAUAUAAUAAAAUAUUGUCAUGUACGCUGACAUUUUCAAAAGCAUGAAAAAAAAAA